CAAAAAUAAAAAUUUAUCUUCUUUUGUUUAUUUAUUUUUUUUUUUUUUGAAGAAAAGAAAAACAUAUCGUUCAGUGUACGAAUGAUUGCUCAUAUGAAUUAUUCUUCUGAAUGAUUUUUCGAUUGAUAAUUUCAAAGGAUAAUAUCAAGGACAAAGAUUUUUCUUGCGCAUGUUAUUUUUUUCUUUUUUUUUUUUUUUUUUUUUAAUUUUAUCUUAUACGAGAAAACGUGAUUGAAAGGAUUGUAACGAUACGAAAUUGUUGAAACGAAAAAAGAGGGAUAAUCAUUUGCGAGUGUUUGAGAAAUCACAUGUUUGAGAAAGAAAAAAAAGAAUAAACAAAAUAAAGAAAAAAAGACAAAUAAGAUAAUCUAUCGAACGACAAUCUGCACGUGGCAUCGUUUAUCGUGCCAAGAUCAAAUUGUAGGUGAAUCCAAGUGACGCUUCGUUUAGUGCCAUUAAGCCGUUCACCUCGGUUUUAAUGUGAAGAUUCAAAUAUGAGCUGGAUAAAAUUAUUAUGGACAAAUGGACAAUUUAAAAUUAUGAAAAUAUUUGUAAACAAGAUUAUCGUUGAAAAAUAUUAAGAAGAAAAAAACGUAAGAAAAGUAGGUGGGAGAAAACUCGGUUAUCCAUUGAAAGAUAUGACGAACCCGAACACAGUACCCAGAUUAAGGAUCGACAAAAAAACAUUGUCGACUAAUUCCACAGUUUCCGAUUGUUCCGUCGUAUUACUUCCGUACUACGAAGAUCAAGGAAGUAGUGGUGGUGGUGGUGGUGGUGGUGGUAUAAGCGGUCGUGAGAUGUUAACCACUAACGGACAAACCAAAGAAGAUUAUAAAAGGCGAAUCACGAGACAACAAAACGAUAAAAUAAUAAUACGUGGCAGUAACGAUUGUCAAGAAGAAUAUCGUGAUUAUCGCGAAAUGAACUUAAAUUCCAAAAAUAAUGAUCAAACAUUCAACGAUUUUAUCAUCGAUAGGAUAGAAUUCAAAUCAUACGGAGAAAUCGAUUCGUGUUACGAGAGAAUAGCAGAUUUGCAAGAUUACGUUCAAGAGGAUAAAGGAUCAACGAAUUAUCCAAUGGUCAAUGCGUUGGACGUUUUAUUGGAACGAAGGAAUUCAUUGAACAACGAUAAUUACGAUCAAAAUUCUUCAGACGCAUCAUCGGAUCUUGUCGAACGUGGAACUAUCGUCAGAAAUAAAUUCAAUCGUAAUUGUCCAUACUCGAAGAAUAAUUCAACCAAUUGGUCGGGAAGAAAUCAAUCGUUCGAAAACAACAUGAGUUUUACGCGUAAACAACAGAAAAUAGACAAAUCUAAGGAAGUACAAACUAACGGUGGAAUAUGUUCGAUAUUUGAAAACAAUUGGCAAGGUAAAAACAACGAUGAACAAUCAAACGUCACUUCAAAGGAAAAUAAUUCGAUACUAAUGACUACAACAACAACGUCAAUACCAUCGAUCGUAGUAAACGAUCACGGUGAGAACACGGUAUUGACGAUACUCGGAAAAGGAGCCGAUCACGGAGCCCAGGUGUUUUCUGAUGCUAGCAACAGUUCUAUCAUUUCUCAAGCUACGAGAACUUGGCCAGAUUCUCCAUUAAGUUGUUACAACAACAAUAUGGGUAUUUCUAGACCAAACAGCAGAUGUUCCAAUUGCGCACAACCACCGACUUCUGGAAUGCAAUUCGAAUCUCAAUUGAUGCCUUAUAACGUUUCUGGAAGCCCCAUUGGCUCACCGCAGAUUCCUUCGACGUAUACUAUGAUGCAAGGUCAAUCGUCACCUUCUUCAUCGAGCCAAUCUUACGGUGAUAUACCCAGCCCAUUGAACUAUCAAAAACCGGUUAAUCGACGAAUCGAAGAACGACUUCACAAGGAUCUCGCGUGUUUUUCCAUUUGGGGUAAUUUUCUCGAUGAUCAAGGAAAUAAUAUCAACGAAACAGUUCCUACCUUUGACAGCAACGAAUUACAAUUGUUAGAUGAGGUUCUCAGAAGUCAAGGUAAUCAAUGCGAAAGAAACGAGGAAGCACAAGUUGUACCAAGAUCUGACGAUUAUUAUUCUAGCAGCUACGACAAUCGACCAUCAAGUGUACGAACUUUUGAAAAUGAACUCGAACGAAUGUCAUCGUGUAAAAACGAUACCCAAACUAUUUCCUCCCCGUCCACAUCAACCUCCCCUUACGGAGAACAACAAAGUAACAGUUUUACGAAUUACUCAUCUAGUCCAAACGAUCUCCCAUACACAUACGUUGCUACGGAAAAUCCUACUACUAACAGUGUUACUUAUGGUGAAAAUCAAACUCAAGUUAACAACUUGUACGAUUACAACGACGUAUGGAAUAAUAUGGGAAAUGAUAUGAGAUACGGGAAUACGAAUAAUUUACAAUCUAAUAUGGAAUUUGAUAAUAUCAAACAUGAUACCUAUGACAAUAGACAACAUUCUUCAAACGUAACUAAUUCGUGUUCGUUACCAACAUCAUAUCAAUCAUUACCAACAUUAUCAUCCGUGUCAACUAACAUUGCUGAGAACAGAAGAAGACGUUGUACGAGUACCUCCGGUAUUUCUUAUCCCAAUACAUCGUUCAAUGAUUUUCAAAUACCUGAGAUGGUAUCAUCUUUCAAAUCUAAUCGAUCGCAAAGGUCUAACGAAAGAACCAUCAUGCCAUGGCCAUCGUUAAAUUUACCAAGCACCGGUGCCAGUAAAAGACUCAAAGAAGAACUCAAACCUAAAGAUGUUGAAAUAGCUAUGAGUCAAUUGUUAGAGAUAAAAGAUGAAGAAUUAACAACUGUAGAUAAUGACGGUUAUACAAAGUUGAUGUGUCUGAUGAGUAAUCCAGAAGAUCUGGCAAAGAAAAAAGCAUAUCUCGUGCCAUUGGUUGAACGAUUGAGCAAUUUUAAAGAUGCAUUAUCGAGAAAAAACAAUCGCGGAGAGGAUGCACUUUAUUUGGCAGCAAUAUGUUGUCCAGAAAUGCCAUACAUCGCUGGUUAUUUAGCAGCUACAAUGUUACAAAAAGGAAUUGACAUUAAUCAAAAUCUUUAUCAUACUCGUGGUGAUACCUUGAUACAUUCAGUGUCAGCGAGAGGUGACUCUCAUGGUGAAGUUUUGGCCGAAUUAUUGGCACUUAAAACUAGUCAAGGAUAUGCAGUUUAUGAUCUUUCCAAAUGCAACUACGAUGGAAGAACCGCUUUACACGUAGCGGUGGAGUCCCAUGACCCUACGGGAAGAAAUAUCAAGGCCGUUGCCACGGUUCGUUUACUGUUAGACAAUGGAGCUGAUUUAAACAUAAAGGAUACUAAAAAUGGCGACACAGCUUUACACAUGGCUGCUGGUCUCAGUUGUGAUCCAGCACUCGUCAAGGUUUUGUUGAGCAAAGCUGUUUCCGGCACUGUGAACGCAACAAAUUACAAUUACAACACCCCGUUACAUAUAGCUGCCGCUUGUAACACGGUCCCUCUGGAAAAGCAAAAGGAAGUAUGUUGGCUCUUGACCCAAGCUGGAGGGCAAACUAACAUUCACAACAAGCAAGGGAAGACACCGCUUGCUUUGGUGUCAGCCGAAAGGAAGGACCUCAUCAGGCGAAUCUUUUAUAAGAAAUUUUGAUACUUCACGACGUGUAUAUAUAUGUGCGUGUCUGUGUGUGUGUGUG